AUGCCGCAGCUUGGCGCAACUUUCGUUCCCGGAGGAUACGAUGACUAUUAUAUGCCCGAAGUCAUUGCCCCCUCCCCUCAAAGGGUGAUGCCUGAGGUGCCCCACGACUUGCAGGAAGGCAUUCAGCGACUGGAACUCGGGGCUCGCGAAACUGAAUACAAUCGAGACGGGACUGCGCAGAGCUACAGGGACGAAGAACAGACGUCCUUCAAAGCCUUUCAAACCAACACCGCCAACUCCACUGCCAUGGACGCGCCGUCGUUCUCUCCAUUCCCCAAGGUCAAGGGAGAAAACAUCCCGCCCAGCGACGAAGAGAAGGAGCAAAUCUUAUGGCAGGCCCGAGACUUGGUGCUCCAUUCCAACAAUGUGUCGAUGCAAGUAACUUGGGCUCGCGAUGUCCUCCUUUGGGUUGAUAUCGCCCAGGAUGCCCAGGCGAGGGAGCUGAAGCGGGAAGGAAAGGACCCGAAAGAUCGCCCGCCGACGCCCAAGACCGAGCACGAGCUGCGAAUCGACGCCAUCAACAUUCUCGAGUACCUGGCCCAGCAAGACCAUCCUGAGGCGACUUUCUUGAAAGGAAAAUGGCUCGAAUUUGGCAAGUUUGGCUAUCGCGAGAACAAGCGUGAGGCCUAUUCCUUGUAUAAGAGAGCAGCUGAGAACGGAAAUGGAAGGGCAGAGUACAGAAUGGGCAUGCUCUACGAAAAUUCCAACGACAUCCCAAACGCGAUCAAGCACUAUAUGCUAGGCGUACAGAUGGGCGAUUCAGCUUCCCAUUACCGGAUGGGCAUGAUGCACCUCAUGGGUCAACACGGCUACCAGCGGGAUUUCCUGCAAGGCCUCGACCUGAUCCAGAAGGCUGCCGAUACAGCCGAUGAAGAUGCGCCCCAGGGCGCCUACGUCUACGGCAUGCUGAUUGCUCGGGAGCUGCCCGAUAUCAAUAUUCCGGAGCACCUCUUGCCGUACGAUCUUAGCGUCGCCCGUCAGUAUAUUGAGAAGGCGGCAUAUCUCUCCUUUUCCAAGGCUCAGCUCAAGAUGGGGCAGGCAUACGAGCUCAGCCAGCUCGGAUGCGAUUUUAACCCGGCAUACUCACUGCAUUACUAUGGCCUGGCUGCUCGUCAGGGCCAGCCUGAGGCUGCCCUAGGUGUGAGCCGAUGGUUUCUCUUCGGAUACGAAGACCUAUUCCCCAAGAACGAGCAACUGGCUUUUAAGUACGCACAUGAGGCUGCUCUGGCGGGGUUGGCGACUGGCGAGUUUGCGAUGGGGUACUACUACGAAAUCGGCAUUCAUGUUGCCAAAGACCUUCGGGAAGCACGGAGGUGGUAUGAGCUCGCUGCGGAACACGGCAACAAGGAUGCAAAAGAGCGACUCGAGUCCUUGAACCAGUCUAAGACACUGACUAAGAAAGACCACGAGACGACAACGCUCACUCGCAUCAAAUCGCAGCACGGCUCACAGCGUGGAAAGCGUCCUGAGCGGUUUGCAAGACAAGCUGAUGUCAUGCCAACAGUGAACGAGGACCCGAUUCCCCCUGGAGGUAUGGCCCAUGAUUGGCAGCAACCCCAUGAGCAACAGCAGCUCACACCUUUGGCAGGUAUUGACUUCCCAGAUCCAACACCGAGACCUCCUGCUUUUACCCUCAACAUCGACGGAAACCUUGCGGUUCGCCCUCAGUCGGCAGCUCCUUAUCCUGUCGAUGACCAACCACAACCUCCUCCGCUGAAUGUCAGGCCGAAGUCUGCCGCACCUUACCCGGACGACAUGCAUGGCCCACCUAUGAAUUCGGGUCCUCAUCUUGCCCCCGGCCCUGGGCCCCAUGCCGACCGGCCCGGCAGUGCGUUUGGUAUCCGUCCGCUGUCUAAUCAUGGCUUACAACUGGGCCCUGGAGCCGGCCCUGGCGCUGGUCGUGGUCGUCCCAUGUCAGGCCAACCACCGUAUCCUCCUAACGAGCGUCCGCCGGCCGAUGGCCGUGCAAGGCUCCAGAAGCCAAACCCAAAUCAACAACAGCCCCCUCACAGCCCCCCUGCUACUGGACCCUAUUAUCAUCCAGGACCUGGAGGCUCUCCAGGCCGUGAGCCGCGCCCCAACAAUCAGCGGCCAGUCAGCGACAUGUAUGGCCCCGUCGGCGGCCAGGAUCGCUUCGGUGCCGGGCCCCAUCCGGGAGGUCGGGUUCCUACCAACAAUCUCCGUCCCCCUACUUCUGGCGGGCCGCCCGGUCGUGCACCCAGCGCUCCGCCUGCUGCUGGGCCUGCUCCCUCUAGUCCCGGCCUGCGUCCCAGUCCUAUUCCCGGCUCACCGAUCCCAGGUGCCCAAGCAUCGCCUGGUGCCAACCCAGCUGCUCAGAAACAGCCGCAGCCGCGUCCUGCUGCUGCUGCUGCUGCUGCUGGCGGCAAGAGGCCUGCCCCAGAUUUGACCCAUCCUGAUGGAAAGACGUUUGGUCAGGGACCAGCGACUUUCGAGGAGAUGGGUAUUCCUCAAGGCAAGUCGGAGAAUGAUUGCGUUGUUAUCUGA